AUGCCUAUUCCCCAAAGGCUUUCUUGGCCAGUGAAGAAAAUCCUUAACAGUAGAGAUCUCUUUCAAGAGUUCAAUGCUCAACAGAUGCUUGAGAGAAAAGUGUUCUCCAUUAAGAAACUCUACAAAUGUAUGCAAGGGGAGCAUGAUAAAGUCAAUUGGAGGCGCAUCAUUUGCAAUAACAGUGCAAGCCCUAAAGCUAUAUUCAUCACUUGGUUAACUUUACAUGAUAAAUUGGCUACUAAGAGUAGGUUGUACUCUGGGGGCAUUGCUCCAGACAAACAAUGUGUACUUUGUGAAAAUGCAGAUGAAACUAAAUCCCAUCUUUUCUUUGACUGCCCUACUGCUAAUAUAGUGUGGAAGAUUUGCCUGCAACAGAUAAGGCUAACUUACCACAAAAGAAAUUUUUGUGAUGAAGUUCAACUUGUUGCUAAUAGAAGUCACAACAAGUCCCCUCAAGCUCAACUUUAUACUAUGUUUUUUACUGAGGCAUUGUAUAGACUAUGGACUUAUAGAAAUAGUAGUCUGGUGUUUGCUAGAGUCAAAGUUGAUACUCUUGUUCUAUGCAAGCAGAUUAUUUUUAAUGUUGCUUGUAGAUGUGCUGAAGAUGUUAGGAGACUUCUUAUAGUUUAG